GCUCUGUUUCGAGCAUUUCUGCUCCUUUUGGAGCGGUUCUGCUCCGUUUGGGGGAAUUCGGCUCCGUUUGGAGCCUUUCAUGUCCAUUUGGAGCGGUUCUGCUCCGUUUGGAACGGUUCGGGUCCGUUUUGGGGAAUUCCGAUCGGUUUGGGGCAGUUAGGGUCCGUUUGGGGGAGUUCGGGUCCGUUUGGAGCAUUUCUGCUCCGUUUGGGGCGGUUCGGCUCCGUUUUGGGGAAUCUCGGUCCGUUCGGGCCGGUUCUGCCCCGUUCGGGCCGGUUCUGCUCCGUUUUGGGGAAUCCCGGUCCGUUCGGGCCGGUUCUGCCCCGUUCGGGCCGGUUCUGCUCCGUUCGGGCCGGUUCUGCCCCGUUCGGGCCGCCCGGACCCUCACGGCCCUCACGGCCAUGGCGGCGCCGUUGCCCUGGAGACGGCGCCGGAAGCGGCGCGCGCGCGGCCCCGCGCGUUUCCGCGUCCCCCGCCCGGCCCGGCCCGGCCCGGCUGCCGCCACUAGCGGCACAAACACCGCCACAAAUACCGCCACCAACACCGCCACCAACACCGGCACCAACACCGCCACCAGCACCGGCACCGCGGCCGGCGCGGGCCCGCGGCAGCGCCCGCAGCAUGUCCCGCGUGCCCGUGGGGAAGGUGCUGCUGCGCAACGUCAUCCGCCACACCGGAGCGCACAACAAGCUUCAGGAAGAGACAGAAAUGUGGAAAAUAAGGGAAUGGGAGAAGCAGACAGAAGAGACUUACUGGAAAAGGCAGAGCAGGAUGCUGUCAGACACCUCCAGCAGCCGCAUGCGCAGCGACGGCUUCGACGAGGAGGGGCACAGGAACUGGAAAUCCAGGAACCCACAGCUCCUUGACCUGGUGGAAGAUGAUCUCCUCAGGGCCAGAUCCUGGAAUAAAAAGCUAUAUGAAUGUGAAGCCAACAUGCCAGACAGGUGGGGACACAGUGGAUAUAAAGAGUUGUACCCUGAAGAAUUUGACACAGACAGUGAUCAGAAGGAAGGAGAUGAGCAAAAUGCUGUCAAUGGGAAGAAGAGAUCCCACCCGGGGAAGCAAACGGCCCAUGAGUCCCACAAAAGGAAAAAAAACAAGAAAUCCCACAAGAAGAAGCAAAAAAAGCGCUCCCACAAAAAGAGGAAGAAAAAGAAAAAGGAGCAGGAGAGAAGUUCCACAGAUUCCUCCCGGGGGGAGAGCGAGGGCUCAGGGGAGGAGGCUCCGAGCGCCCGGAAGGGAAAACACAAGCGCAAGAAAAAACCCAGGAAAGUGCCUGCCAAGGAACCUACCUCUUCUUCUGGGCAGGAGAGUGACUUUUGCCAUGCAAGCAGCUCCAGCACCAGCAGCUCUGAGGACACUGAAUCCGAGGGGAAAAGGGACAAAGGGCCCCCCAGGAAGAGGAAGAAGCGGCACAGCUCGGCGCCGGAGAGGCCGAGCGAGGUGCCGGAGAAGAGGAGCAAGAGGAAGAACUGGAAGGUGGCAGGGGAUGAGAAGUCUGAGGACAGCUCUGAUGAGGACUGAGGGGUCUGGGUGCAGCUCAGGGCAGGAGGGGAGGACAGAGGCAGGUGUGUCACUCAGCACUGCCCCACUGCUCCAGCACUGGUUUACACACAGCCCAGCCCAGCCUGGCUGCCCUCGGCAGGACAGCACCUCCAUCCUGCCAGCUUCAGAGCCUCUGGCUGGGAUCAGAUUGGUGUUUUGUAAAUUAUGUUUGAACAGAUUGCUCUUUUGGCUCACCAAAACAAUGGCCAGUAGGAGAGAGGACAGGCUGAUAAAUCAAGCUGGUAACUGAGGAAAUGUCACUGUAAGCCCCACAUAGCUUUGUCUUCCCAUCCUCCACCAUGGGGGCGUGCUCAGGGUCAGUGGGCACGGAGGGGACCUGAGGGAAUGUUCCCAUUCCAGCUGAAGGUGCAGUGACUUCUUCUCUAUUGGUGGAAAAACCACCAGCUCAUCUGCUUGGUUUAGACUCCUGUCCAGAGCCUGCUGUGAGCUGGCCACCGUGUCUACCUUCCUUCCAUCUCUAUGGGGAUGCUGAAACCAUUUGUGCUGACAGAGAGGUCUUGGUGGGUGUUGUGUCCUGUCUCUGCUCUGCCCAGUGUUACUGGAGAAACUGGUACCAGCCCGUUCUCCCUGCAGCAAACAGCCAAGCCUUUUAAUAAAAGAAAUAAAUCCA